CGCUUGCCCUCAUCUUGCUUAGCAGUUUGUACUUUUAUUUGUACGCGAUAUAACAAUACAUAAUUGUAGUGUAUUUGUGUAUCACUCUUAGUGUUUUAUCGUAAAUGAAGCGCAGUAAGACGAGUUCUCUUUUCAGUUGAUUGCUUCGAGUUUAUUAUAAUGUCAGGGGGAACUCGACUAGAAAACGCCAAUCCUCUGAUAUUCCAGCGAUCAGGAGAAAGACUCCUAACUGCCACUGAUAAAGAUGAAGAUGUAGCUGACCCCAUCGAUGACAGGGAGAUCUUUGAUCUGAUUAGAUCAAUCAAUGAUCCUGAGCACCCACUGUCCCUCGAAGAGCUGAAUGUCGUGGAACAAAUGCGCGUUAAUGUGAAUGAUCAGGAGAGCACAGUGUCUGUGGAGUUUAAACCUACCAUCCCACACUGCAGUAUGGCCACACUCAUUGGCCUGUCCAUCAAAGUCAAGCUUCUGCGCUCCCUUCCUGAGAGAUUUAAGAUUGAUGUUCACAUCACACCCGGCACUCAUGCCUCCGAGGAUGCAGUUAAUAAGCAGCUUGCAGACAAAGAGAGAGUGGCAGCAGCUCUGGAGAACUCUCAGCUACUGGAGGUGGUCAACCAGUGUCUGUCCACUAGAAUUAUGUGAUUUAUUUAUUUUCAUUUAUAAUUGUAAUACUCAGCAAACAAUACAAGAUCAGAAAGCCUUAUUUGUAUUUUCAAGAGAGUAUAUUAUUAAUCUUGAUGUUUGCUCAUUGCUCAAAUUGAGUAUUCUUGAAGCAUCCAAGUUGAGUUACAACUGGGGAAGUUCUAUUGAAAUAGGAUCCCCCAUUCUGUUUGCGUUUUCAUAUAAUAUGAGUAAAAAUAUUUGUGAAUAUUUAUUAUAUACAAUAAAAAAAAAAUGUGUUUGGUAAUCUUACAGUAUUUUGACAGCAUCCUAAUACUAAGUAAUAUUCAUUGGAAUGAAAAAUUAUUUGUACAGUACAACUGAGAUAAAACAGUUGCCACUUGCAUAUGUUUUUAAUCACCAGUAUAUUUCACAAUACAGGCUGGGUAACUGUAAAUGACUAUUCUUUGUUUAGAUUUUGUUUACCUACUUUUAGCAUGGUCACAUACUAAACUUAUACUCUGGCUAGUUUUGCAUUAAAGGGAUAGUUCACCCCAAAAUUAAAUAAUUUAUUCACCCUCAUGUCAUUCCAGAUGAGUAUUACUUACUUUCUUCGGCUGAACACAAACAAAUAUUUUUAGAAGAAUAUUUCAGCUCUGUAGGUCAGUGCAAGUGAAUGGUGACCAAAAUUCUGAAGCUCCAAAUGCAUAUAAUAAAAUAAAAUAAACAGCAUAAAAUAAACCCAUAUGACUCCAGUGGUUUAAUCCAUGUCUUCAGAAGAAAUAUGAUAGGUGUGGGUGAGAAACAGAUAAAUAUUGAAGUCCUUUUUUUACUAGUAAUUCUCCUCUCUGCCCAGUAGGUGAUGAUAUGGACGAAGAAUGUGAAUAUACAAAUAUAAUAAAAAAGGACUCUUUUCUCACCCACACCUAUUAUAUCGCUUCUGAAGACAUGGAUUUAACCACUGGAGAAAUGUGGAUUAUUUUUAUACGCUUUUUGGAACUUCACAUGUCUGGUCACCAUUUGCUUGCAUUGUAUGGACCAACAGAGCUGAAAUAUUUUUCUAAAAAUCUUUGUGUUGAGAAGAAGAAAGUCAUACACAUCUGGGAUGGCAUGAGGGUGAAUAAGUUAUGAGAGAAUUUUCAUUUUUGGGUGAACUAUCCCUUUAACACAAAGUCUCUGACACAGACUCUGUAUGACUCAACAAGUUACUCAGCUAUUUUUUAAGGUUUUAUACAUUUUAUAAAGGUUUAGGAUUACUCCAUGGUCUAAUUGAAAGGCAGAAGACGGUCAAAUGAUAAGCACAAUAGGGUGCACAGUGUAUUUAAAUUACACUUGCUUGGCUUUCAAGACACAAAAGUGCUUUCACUGGCAUCAUUAAAAAUGCAUGAUAGAUACCAUUUCAUGUAAUUGAACACUUAUUCAAUAAAGCCUUUUUUUGUAAUUAUCAAACUAGCUAAUGUUGCAAAUGUUUUUCUUUGGUCUGGUCAUGAAAAUAAAAACCAAACUCUUUAUUUAACUCCAUUAAUUUAUGGGCCGUUUUCCAAACAGCAUUUUUGCACCCUUGUAGGAUACUUUGGGAAGGGGAUGCCAAUCAUAGGGUCAUUCCAAACAAAAGUAAGAAUGUUAUUUUUUUUUCACAAAGGACCCUUUCACUUGACUUUUAGUGAAGGCUACAGUUAAACUGUAAUGCCAUGCUCUCUUCAGAGUGCCACAUCAAGAGCUCUGUCUUUCAUAGUAAGGCAUAGGGAUGAUCACUUUCGAUUGGAAUUCACCCAUGAUUACUUAUCUAACAAAGUUGCUAGUAAGUUUACAAAUAAAUAUUGUGUUGCAUUUGAAUGAUAGGACAUGUAUCAUGUCACAUCAGCACAAAAAAAUAACUGGUAUAUUGUCUUAAAACUGUAAAUGCAGUAGACAAUGAUUUUUUUUUUUGUGUCGUCACAUGAUAAAUAUUUCUUCAAAGCUCAAGUAAACGCUAAGAAGGAACAUGUUUUAAAGUCUUACAGCUGUGUGACUAUUACGCUGACAUAUCAAAUGAUGUCUGUAUGUUUUCUGGUGUAAAUAAAAUAUGAGUAUUGUUUUUUUGUCCAAGCACCCUUAUUAGAUAUGCAGUGUAAACAAGUAUAAGCAAGUGUCCUAAAUGUAAUUCUGAUCAAAUUUUCAAAACCUUUUCAGGAAAACAAAGAAUUGUGAAUUAAUUAAAUCUGCACACAUUUCUAAAA